AUGUACUCGAGGACAGCAACCAGGAGGUUCGCCUCCUCGCUGCGCACCGCCGCGGCACGACGACAGCCCCAGAUCAGAAACCAGACACAACGGAGAUGGGCGACCGCGGCGCCGAAGCCGGGCUCGGGGCCGCUGAUGGAGAGGCGAGCUGACCGAGAGCUGCCUGACAUCAACCAGAUCACGUUCCGCUGGUCCCGGUCGCUACCCAUCUUCGCGGCGGCCAUCGUGGUGUGCAGCGUCGCCAUCUUCAACUACCAAAAGUCGUCGUCGCCCGUCAUCGCCUCGACCAUGUACGCGCUGCGCACGAACCCCAAGGCCCGCGAGCUGCUGGGCGACGAGGUCUACUUCAAGCACCAGAUCCCCUGGAUCUCGGGCGAGAUGAACCAGCUGCACGGCCGCAUCGACAUCGCCUUCAGCGUCAAGGGCACCAGGGGGGAGGCCGUCAUGAAGUUCACGAGCUUCCGGACGUCGCACAAGGGGCUGUUCGAGACGACCGAGUGGAGCCUCGAGACGCCCGACGGCCGCAAGAUCGACCUGCUCGACGGCGCGGAUCCGUUCCGCGGCAUCGUUGGCGGGGACGAUCUGGACGACGACCUGGACGAGCCUGCUUCGGCGGCGACGAGGGGAUUUAGGCAGAACAUUAAGUAA